AUGGCGCUCGACACGUCCAACGACUCGUCCGCUAGUGGCUCAUUAUCGCCGUCACCGUCUGUCGCCGAGCCCACAGACAAAUCCAAGAAGAGAGCCGCCCCCGGCGGCGACAACAGUUCGGAGGCCCCGCAAAAGGUGACCAAGCGCCGUGCUGCGCGCGCCUGCGUCUCAUGCCGCGCCCGCAAGGUGCGCUGCGACGUCGUUGAGGGAGCGCCCUGCGGGAACUGUCGAUGGGACAACGUUGAGUGCAUCGUGCAAGAAAGCCGUCGGCGGAAAAAGAACCUCGUCACGGCGGCAAAUGCCGUGGGGCCUGCUGGCGCCGCCGGUGCCAAUGGCGGGUCAGCCGAGGCUCAGCUGCAGCACCAUCAGAGCCACCAGCACCAGCAGCAACAGCAGCAGCAAUUGCGAAGCAAAGCCACCGGCUCAGGGGUCCCGACGGGCAACCCGCUGGCCGCCAUCAACGGCCCUGCCGCCGCGGCCGCCGCUGCCAGGCGGGCGAGCGAGGCCAAGAGCAGCUUCAGCAGCGUGGACGGGCACGUCCCGCACAUGAUUUACCAGCGCUCUGCCGGAUACCGCAGUCAUAGCGACGCUAGCUCCCUCCUGAGCCGCAUCCAGUCUGACAACACGCCCACGCUUCCGUCGCCUCAGCUGCCCUGGAACCCCAGUCUUGCUGGUCACGCCGACCUCUUUGGCAACGGCCGGACUGCCCAAUUCCUCAACUCGCUCGAGCCUCCCGAUGCUGGCACUCACCUCCCGCCCUUUGUCCGGCCCCUGCCGUCCAAAAUCGCGCCUGAGGAUGUCCAGUACCUCCACGCAAAGGGCGCCCUGACGUUGCCCUCGACACCUCUGCAGAACGGGCUGCUGCAGUCUUACGUCGAGUAUGUGCACCCGUACAUGCCGCUCAUGGAUCUCCAUGGCUUCCUCAACAUUGUCAACCGCCGCGACGGGCUCAAUGGCCAGACGAGCCUGCUCCUCUACCAGGCCAUGAUGUUCUCCGCGACCGCCUUUGUCGACAUGAAGUACCUGCGGGAGGCAGGCUACGCGACUCGCAAGGCCGCCCGAAAAGCCUUUUUCCAGAAGACCAGGCUCCUCUACGAUUUCGACUACGAAUCAGACCGCCUCGUCCUCGUCCAGGCCCUCAUGCUCAUGACUUACUGGUAUGAGACCCCUGAUGAUCAGAAGGACACAUGGCAUUGGAUGGGCGUGGCCAUCUCCCUGGCCCACACCAUCGGCCUCCACCGCAACCCGGAGGCGACGAGCAUGUCUGUCCCCAAGCAGCGGCUGUGGAAGCGCAUCUGGUGGUCGUGCUUCAUGCGCGACCGUCUCAUCGCGCUGGGCAUGCGCCGCCCCACACGCAUCAAGGACGAGGACUUUGAUGUGCCCAUGCUUGUCGAGGCCGACUUUGAGAUCCAAGCGCUGCCCGAGAGCAACACCGUCAUCCCCAAAGAAUGCAGGCUCAUGCGCGAUGUCGCCAUGCAGCGCGAGCUGGCGACCAUGUGCAUCGCAAAGGCCAAGCUGUGUGUGUGCAUCAGCCACAUGCUCAAGGCCCAAUACUCGGUGCUCAUCCGUGACAAGAUGAAGCCCGAGAACACCACCAACAGCACCAUGAUGCUGUUCCCGAAUAAGCAGCUGGACAACGUCGAAAGCAUCAACGCCGUAGACAUCGAGCUCAGCGCUUGGGCCGAGUCGCUGCCGGAGUGUUGCAACUAUCGUCCCCUCAACCCUCUCGAUGUCAAGGAUGGCAAGUCGACUAUUGCGGUGCAGCGGACGCUGCUCCACAUGGUCUACCAUACGACCAUCUCGGCUCUCCACCGGCCUCAAUUCCUCCCCUCGUCCCCGUCACAGGCACCGACGACGUCCCGACAGACACAGGAGAUUUCACGCCUGCGAGUCCGGGAUGCGGCCUCACAGAUUACACGCAUGGCAACGGAGCUGCAUCAUCUCCGCCUCGAGCGAUACCUGCCGACGACCGGCGUAACGGUGAUUCUGCCGGCGAUGAUCAUCCACCUCCUCGAGAUGAAGAAUCCGACGCCACAAGCUCGCGAUCGCGCGACCAAGGGCUUCCGCCAGUGCAUGCGUGUCAUGGAGAAGCUGAGAGAGAUCUAUGCCGCGGCCGACUAUGCCACGGGAUUCUUGGAUGCUGCACUACGCAAAGCCGCAAUCGAUGUUUCCACGAGCGUCUCUCAGUCCACUCUCUCCCUGAUGAAGCAGGUGCCUGUGGAGUUCAGCGCCCAGACGCCGCCUCCGGAGAAUGUGCCGUAUAUGACGGCCGCGGAGUCGCUCUUCCACGAGAAGCCGAAGCAGGCACAGAGGCAGACGAUGCUGCCGCCCAACACUGUCAACGCUGCGGCGCUUGAGCUGUCGGCGACCUCGCCGCCCCAAACCGACUUUGAUUCGGCGGGCAUGACGCCAAGCGCCAGUGGGGGAUCGGACGCGGCCCAGAUCGACCUGGACGCGGUCGACCUUGACUUUAUGCAGGGCCAUGACGAGUUUGAUUGGAACGCGGUGGCGGGUACCGACUUCGACGUGGACCAGUGGCUGCAAUUUCCGCCCGAGGGGGUCAACGGGCAGGACGAUGGCAUCACUGGCGGGGUAUUCGGCGCCAACGGAGACGACGAAAGCAAGACGAUGGAGCAGGUGCUCAGCUUGGCGGCCCUGGACAACGAUGGCGACACGACGAUGCAGGCCACCGAGCCUAGCGCCAACAUGGAGGUAUCUGCGCAGGCAUGA